AUGACGCCCGGAUUUGGCGACUUCACGCUUGCGUAUUGCGGAUCCAACGCUGAUGCAAGACAUUUUCGGCGCAGCGUUGUGGGGCUGAUCGAGGAACAAAAAGUAGCCAGAUUGCAGUCACUUUUCAGCCCGCAAACAUGUCAGGAGACGAGAUGAUUUUUGAUCCCAACAUGACCAAGAAGAAGAAGAAGAAGAAGAAGCCCUUCAUGCUGGAUGAGGAAGGAGGAGAAGGUGUGGGAGGAGAAGAGGCUAGAGAGGUGGAGGCGAAGGAGGCCGAACCAGAGCCGGGAGACGACAAGGAGCUGGAUCUAGAAGAAGAUGAAUGCAGGAAGAAAGAGCCGUCCGAUGAUUUGAACGACUUGAACUUCUUCAACCAGAAGAAAAAGAAGAAGAAACCUAAGAAAGUGUUUGAGAAUGAUGUCGAGGAGGGAUUAAAGGAGCUGAAAAUUGAAGGAGAGCAGCCAGAGGUGCUGGAGGAGGACAACCUGGACCUAAUGCUUCCUACCAAAAAGAAGAAGUCAAAGAAAGUGGACUUUGAUGAGGGAGAGUUGCUGGAGAAGGAUGACACAUUAGAAGAUGAUGAGGGGAAGAACAAUGAUGGGAUCUCAUUCAGCUCCUCCACAGGACCAACCUGGGCCGGCACUGAAAGAGACUACACUUAUGAUGAGCUCCUGAACAGAGUCUUCAACAUUAUGAGAGAGAAGAACCCGGACAUGGUGGCCGGAGAGAAGAGGAAGUUUGUGAUGAAGCCUCCUCAGGUGGUCCGAGUGGGAACCAAGAAAACCUCCUUUGUCAACUUCACAGACAUCUGCAAACUGUUGCAUCGUCAGCCCAAACAUCUCCUCGCUUUCUUGUUGGCUGAGCUGGGAACAAGUGGUUCCAUAGAUGGAAAUAACCAGCUUGUGAUCAAAGGCAGAUUUCAACAGAAACAGAUAGAAAAUGUGUUAAGAAGAUAUAUCAAGGAAUACGUGACGUGUCACACCUGCCGCUCCCCAGAGACCAUCCUGCAGAAGGACACUCGCCUCUAUUUCCUGCAGUGUGAAACGUGCCACUCCCGCUGCUCCGUCGCCAGCAUCAAAACCGGCUUCCAGGCUGUGACGGGCAAGAGGGCGCAGCUCCGCGCCAAAGCCAACUAAAGACCACCGAAACUGGGCUCCCCCUCCUCUCUCGGCCUCCCCUUUCUCCUCAGAGGGGCUGCGGCUGGGGUUGGACGCCCCCUUGAUUCGCUAAAAGGACUCUCUGAAUCGAACUGUGGGAGGGUUUGGCUGUUGUUAAGUUGUCGUGGCCUGGCAGGGAGUGAGAGAGUAUCUGAAGAUGAACAGAUGGGGUUCAGGCACCGUAAGCAGAUGAUGUGUACCACAUACACUGUUGGAUGCAUUUGAUUUGUUGUGAUCUGGCUGACGAAUCCUCCACCUCCUAGUUUUUUUUUUUUUUUCUCUCCAUUUGCUGUGCUUCUUGAUUCCUGCAAGAAAACCCUGCUUUAAUGUGGCUUCCUCAUUCUUUCCUCUCCAAUUUACAUACACCAGACAUGAAUGUUUCUUUGUAUAAGGAAUCGUUUAUCCAUGCAACCAGCCAAAUUGCAGUAAAGCUAAGUUUAUCUACAAUAACAAGAGCGUAGUUGCUCUGGUAUUUGUAGUCGUGUGGCUAAUGCGGUCACCUCUUUAUUCUUAAAUCCCACAUUGCUUAAACUCAAGGUUGUGUUCCUGUUUCUGGACUGGCCUAGAAAUUACAAAACUGUCAGUGCAGAAUUUUGUGCUCUAGAUUCAAAGAUAGAACUCAAAAUCACCGGGCUGGGCGUACAGGAAGAUUUGUUGCUGUAGCUAGUCUGUGACCGGCUCAUUACACCGGCCUCGUUUUGAUCAUCUUAUAGCAGGAGAUGACCACAAAGUCGAACAACCAGGGAUUGAUAAAGGAGAGAGCACCUUCCUACUGAAUACUUUAAAAGAGGUUGUGUGUUUGACAGACAGAAUUAUACAGUGUGUUUGUGAGUGCUUUUGUGGCAUUGAUGAGCAAUUGUGUACUUCAUUAUUUCUUCCUUUUGACUUCUGAAGUUAAGAUCAACCCAUUUUAUCAAACAUUGGAAAUUUUAUGGAAAAUUGAAUAAAAUCAAUUUUUGUCAAGAAGAGCAGGUUUUUUUGAGCUCAUGCCAUUCCCUUAAAACCCAAAUGCUUCUCCCCUAAAAACAGCCUGUGAGAAGGCACCUCGGAUCAGUCUUCUUUAACAGGUCUUUAUUUACACCACAAGCUAAUCAGGAUAUGAAGAGUGAGUCCAAUGAUACUCAAUACUACAUGAUUUACACGAUAUUGGUUAUCUUCUUGUUUGAGAAGAAUGUGGAUGAGAAGGUCUGGCUGGAAUUGUUUUAAAACCUGGUUUUUACAAAAAUAAAAUAUUCUACUCUCUCGCUCUCCA